AUGGCUAUAAUAAAUUCACUAUACUUAUAUUGCACUAGGUGGAAAGCAACACAACAAACAUAUCAGUAUUGUAGAAAUCCUUUACAUCAUCAUAAAAAGCUUUUCAAUCCAAGACAAUGUGGGUCAAAUUCAAUUCAUUUACUAUCAAGACUUAUUGCUAAAAGUAAUAAUGGAAGUAAUUAUGGUUGUAAUAUGCGUAACAAUAGUCAUACUGAUAAUAUUAGUAAUUCCAAAAAUUCGAAAACAGUAAAUUCAAAUUAUCCAACAAGUAUCAUGAACUGUGAACAAGACUCAUUAAGAGACAUUAAGUUCUGUUCCAAUUAUUCUGAAAAUACAAAGUUUGGAUUAAUGAAAAUUAUACGUACUUGUAAUCUAAUGGGUUUUUUAUUAAAUGAUAAACAAAUUUGUUCAAGACAUUUUGAAUUGAUCAAAUUAUUUAUGGAACAGUUACAAACAGUAAUAAAACAUCUAGAAAAAGAUAUUGAUAAUAAAUUAAAAAACCUAGUAAAUUUUAGUAUAGACAUAUUUUCAGAGAAAAUUGUCACUAAAGGAUCAAAAUAUUUGAAGACUAUAAUUAAUUGUUCUGAAUGUGGUGAGAAAUCUUUCAUAGAUUCGCCGUUGAUAAAACAAUUCAAUAAUACAUCAUUCAGCACUGAACAUUGUAAUCAUUAUUAUGACUCAACAAAAUUAGGGCAAUCAAAAUUACAGAACUGCACACUGAAUGAUAAUAAAAUUAAAAGUCCUUCUAAUUGUAAAACAAACAGAUUUUUGAGCCAUCUUUUAUCGCAUACAAAGGUAGAUUGUCAACAACUGGCAGAGGUAACAUAUUCAGAUUCUUCCUUUCAAGUUUAUCCAACUAAUUGUGUACUUGAAUCCAUAUCAUCAUUAUCUUCUGAUUCAUGUUCAUUACCUCUAUUCUGUUCCACCAACUAUUUGUCCUCCUCUUCUUCUUCAUCAUCCUCAUCGUCAUUAUUAUCACCUUUAUCUUCACCACUUACAUAUUCGACUUGUACAUCAGUCUCCAACAAUUCAGUUCAAUUACCAGGAGAAGAAACUUCAGAAAACUUAAAUUUUAAACAAAUCGCAACUUAUCAUUGUCAAACUUUAAGCGAUUUAAAUAAACAUUUAGGACUUGAAAAUAAACAGAUUAAUGACAAGCUGUUUGUGUAUCAUCCAGUUAAUUUUAAUGACGAGGAAUACAAGAAACAAAAUAGUUCAUCGAAAAAAUCUAUAGGAGAGCAGAAGAUUCCCCUAUGUUUAUUUAAUAGCAAGCCUCACAUGAGAAACUCUCCAGUCCAUGGUUAUUCACAGCAAUAUCUAAAAAGAAACAAACAGAGUGAGAUUGAAAAUUGUAAAAUUAAUCUGAAUGAAAUUUAUCCUCAUGCAGUUUCACGGCGACCAAGUGUACGUGAUAUUUUAAGUCAACGAAAAAAUGGCCAUGCACAUUGUGAAAAGAAACAACAACAAGAUAAGCAACAAAUCCAUUUGUUUGAUCAGUCUUCUAAAAAUUGCACUGAUGAUAACAUAUCUAAAAGUAUAAAAAGUAGCUUCUGUAUAUCAAAUGGUCAUAUCAAUUGUCACCAUUCAAAUUUAUGCCUAAGUCAUUCAGAUUAUUUAUUUUCUGAGAAUAAUUUAAAUAUGGGUGUUGUAGCACCGCCAAAUUUGAAUCCUUUCGCAUCAUAG